GGUGUGACCUGCUGCUGGGGGAGUUGUUUAGCAGAAUGCCGGCCCCGGUUACGUAGUGUGCUGCUGCUGGCAGUGUGUGUAUGGCAGUGUGUAUAGGCCGCGGCGGCGCUGUACCGGCAUGUUAGUGAGAGCAGCGCCCCGGCUAUGGGCUGUGAUACGGAGACAAGCAUUCGCCAUGAGCCGGGCACUAAGCACCGAGAGCCGAGGUAACCUUUUAAAAAACAACAAAGCAAAAAGCACAAUCUGUGUGGAGGGAAACAUAGCGAGUGGAAAAACCAGCUGUCUUGAAUAUUUCUCUAAUACUCCAAACCUUGAGGUCUUGACAGAACCCGUGGCAAAAUGGAGGAAUGUCCACGGCCACAAUCCACUGGGUUUAAUGUACCUGGAUCCUUCAAGAUGGGGGUUAACGCUUCAGACCUAUGUUCAACUGACUAUGCUGGAUGUUCAUACAAGACCAUCGAUCGCUUCUGUUAAAAUGAUGGAGAGGUCAAUCCACAGUGCAAAGCACAUAUUUGUAGAAAACCUUUACAAAAGUGGGAAGAUGCCUGAAGUGGAUUAUGUGGUUUUAACAGAGUGGUUUAACUGGAUCAUAGAGAACAUUGACCUCUCUGUUGACCUGAUCGUUUAUCUGCGGACAUCACCUGAAACCUGUUACCAGAGAUUAAAGAUGAGGUGUAGAGAGGAGGAGCGGGUAAUACCACUGGAAUAUCUGUAUGCGAUUCAUGGGCUCUAUGAAGAGUGGCUCAUUAAGCAGACCUCGUUUCCUGUGCCAGCGCCUGUUCUUGUAAUAGAUGCGGAUAAGGAUCUGGAGGAGAUGAUUCAGCACUAUGAAGCUAAUCGCGGAAGGAUCCUUUCAGCUUGAUACAAGACCUUUUUUGAGCCUUACAACUUUUGAAACUGCUAUAGCGUAGACUAUGCCAUCACACGUUUGGAGCAGAUCUUUCUUAGGGGCUGAAGCAAUAUUUGUGAGUGUGCGGCUUAUCAAUUGGCUGCAGCCACAGAAUGGCAUGCCCUAAAGAUGUAUAGGUAACAAGUGGGUAUGUCUUACUCUACAGAUUGGACCGUUUUGGGGGGCCAGGCAUUAGUAAAGCAUAGUUGUUUCAUUGGACCAAUAUACCAGCUCUUCGUUUUAGUGCAGAAAUGUCAGAUUCCCCACGUACGGCUGCUAGUGGAUACAUUUUACUCCAAUAUUUAUUUAUUUUUUUCCACUUUUGAUUUUUAUGAUUUAGUUUGUAUUAUUAUUAUUAUGUUGUUUAAGGGGCCAUUACCCCAUACUACCCUUCCACACUCCUUUGUACUUCUUGUUGCAGAUUGAUACGCAUAAAGUGACAUUUGUUUUACAA